AUGGAUAUCCAGCGCGCGGCUUCCCGGCCCCUGUCCGAGGUGCUGCCGCCACUGAUCUUGGGCACCGCCACCUUCAACCACCAGUACCAUCACGACCCAUCGCAGAUGCCCUACGUCGACAUUGUCCGUCGCGCGCUCGACCACAACAUUGCGGCCUUCGACACCUCGCCCUACUACGGUCCCUCCGAACUUCUCCUCGGCGAUGCGCUGCGCCGCAUAGAGCCCGCGCCCGCCCGCGACUCGUACUUCCUCAUCACCAAGGCCGGUCGCAUCGCCGGGGACGAGUUUGACUACUCGCCCGCCUGGGUGCGCUACAGCGUCUUCCGGAGCCUCGAGCGGCUCGGCACCGACCGCCUCGACCUCGUCUACAUGCACGACGUCGAGUUCGUGUCCCCCGCCGAGGUGCUCGGCGCCGUCAACGAGCUGCGCCGUCUGCGCGACCAGGGCGUCAUCCGCUACGUCGGCAUCAGCGGGUACCCCGUCAGAACGCUGGCGUCGCUCGCGGAGAUGAUCCUGCGCGAGACCUCCGAGCCGGUCGACGCCGUCCUCUCCUACGGGCACUUUUGCGUGCAAAACGCCCAGCUCGGGCGGGCCGAGAUCCUAGAGCGGUUCGCAUCGGCCGGCGUCGACUGCGUCCUCAACGCCAGCAUGCUCAACAUGGGACUGCUGACCUCGCGCGGCGUCAACAGCCUGCCCAUGGCGGCCUGGCACCCGGCGCCGCAGGAGCUGCGCAAGGCGUGCCACGACCUCGCUGCCAUCGCCGACGCCGAGAACAGGCACCUGGAGGAGGUUGCCAUACGCUGGUCCCUGCGCAACUGGAUGUACCAGGGCUCCAAGUUCGGGACAGGGUGCUACAAGCGGGAGGGAAAUGAGCAUCUGCCCGUGCGCAUCGGCGCAAGCGUCAUGGGCGUUUCCACGGUAGACCAGCUGGAAGAGACCUGGCAACUGUGGAAGAGCGUCACCAGUGAGCCUGGCCAGGAUGCAACCAACGUCUUGGUGGAGGAGCGCAUGUGGCCAAGCUUGGGAGACUGGAAAGAUUAUGCUUGGGAAAGCGGCGGUCCAUCAUUUAUAAACACUCGCAGGGUCAUGGGCAUGGUCCCAAAUGACGAUAUUGCGAAACGGCUCCACGUGACUGCGCGCGACGAGCAGUCCUCCAACUUGGAAAACCUGCUUUCUCCGCGUCGUCAACCCGCCGCCACUGACGGUUGCUCAAUCUUCAUGGCCGGGGGACGCAAGUCAAAGUCGACGGCAUCGCCUGCCAAGCCGAAAAAUACAUUCGUCCUUGACAAUGGUGCCUCUACCUUGAAGGCGGGCUUCGUCCGCGACGGGCAGAUCGGCCAGCCCCGGAUUAUCCCAAACUGCAUCGCGCGCGACCGAAAUCGGAAAGUAUACGUCGCCUCGGAGCUGGAAAAGUGCACCGACUUUGGCGAGAUUCAGUUCCGAAGGCCUGUUGAGAAGGGUUUCAUCGUCAACUGGGAGGUUCAGUCGGAGAUCUGGGACUACGAGUUCUUCGGCAGCAAGGCGCCGUCGCCGUGCAAUCCGUCCGAGACGCGACUUGUGCUUGCGGAGCCACCGAAUGGACUGCCCGUGCUCCAGGCGAAUUGCGAUCAGAUCGUUUUCGAGGAAUAUGGCUUCGAAAGCUAUUACCGUGGAGUUGGACCUGCGUUCAACGCAUACCACGACGUGCAAUCCCUGUUCCGCACACCUCUGGAUGCUGCGACGGCUGCAAACAUACCCGCCGAAAUCCUCCUCGUCAUCGACUCCGGAUACUCCCACACCACGGUGACGCCCGUCUUUCAAGGCCGGCCGCUGCAUUCUGCCGUUCGACGGUUGGAUGUCGGCGGCAAGCUCCUCACCAACUACAUGGCUCGGCAGAUAUCCCUGCGUCACUUUGACGUCAGAAACGACCCUCACAUCGUCAACGAGAUGAAGGAGCUGUCGUGCUUCGUCUCCCUGGACUUUAAGCGCGACCUGGAGAGAUCAUGGAAAGGAACCCGAGGCCAGAGACGCCCGGAAUACGAGUCCGGGGGCGGCAUAGCAAAAGACUACAUCCUCCCGGAUUUCCACAAGAACUUGAAAGGCUCCCUGCGCGAUUACGACCCCGCAAACCAUACCAAGGCACAGAAGCUUGCGGCGGUACAAGCCGACGACGACGUCCUCACCCUCCGAAACGAGCGAUUCACGAUACCAGAAAUGGUAUUCAAUCCUUCCGACAUCGGGCUGCGACAGCCUGGCAUCGCGGAGCUCAUCCACCAAUCGUUGCAGGACCUGCCGGUUGGGCUGUGGCCUGGGCUGCUCGCAAACAUGGUCGUCGUCGGCGGCAACUCCCUCUUCCACGGCUUCAUUCAGCGGCUCCAAAAGGAAGUCGUCCAGCGAGUCCCCGACGACUGUGUCGUCCGCGUCGCGCGGCCGGCCGAUCCGCUCACUAGUACAUGGGCGGGGGCGGCCAACCUCGCGAGCCACGCGGAGAUGGAGAGGCUGGCGGUCACAAAACAGCAGUACGAGGAGCACGGCCAGGCGUGGGUGGCGCGCAGAUUCGCGAUGGGGCCGGAUGCUUCGUAG